UAAUAGUGAUAUCUCUCUCCCAAGACUAAAAAAAAAUGCAAUAGCGCUGACAAAAAAAAAACCAAAACGCAACCCUCAGCAGCAACCAUCCUCACCUGCGCAAGAUUGAACCGGCGAUGCAAACCCUCAGCGCCGUCCUCUACCGGCGACAAGAUUGAACCCUCCGCAACCUUUAAUCAAAUCACCACCAGCGCUGUCCUCUCUCUCACUCGCAGUCGUCCUCUCUCUCACGAACCCUAACUCCAAAUCGAAGCUUCUCUUUCUUUCUCCGGCAUCUACUCUCACGAAUCGAAGCUUGUCUUUCUCUCUCACAUUGAUUCAGGUUCUCUCGUAAGGCCAAAGGUUGUUAAAAGUGUUCAUUUUUGCCCCACCACUGGCAACUACACUAGCCGUGAUUAUCGAGAUAUUACAUCUAAUUUGGGUUUGCCCACAGGGUCUGUUUAUCCCACAAGGGAUGAAACUGGCAAUUUACUUGUGACCGAGUAUGGAUUGUGCAAAUACAAGGAUCAACAAACCUUGUCCAUGCAGGAAGUUCCUGAAAAUUCUGCGCCUGGUCAGCUCCCAAGAACAUUGGAUGUCAUAGCAGAGGAUAAUCUUGUUGAUUCUUGCAAGCCUGGAGAUCGUGUGGCUAUUGUCGGGAUAUAUAAGGCUCUUCCAGGAAAAAGCAAAGGCAGUGUGAAUGGUGUAUUCAGGACUGUGCUCAUAGCCAACAAUGUAUCUCUUCUCAACAAAGAGGCUAAUUCUCUUGUUUAUCGUGUUGGAUCAAAUGGAUCCUGAUAUUGAUCGCCAAAUAUCAGAGCACGUCCUUCGUAUGCAUCGAUUUUGUUCUGCUAUUGAUGGAGGUGAGGCAGCACAUGAUGGGAGUGCACGAUAUGGAAGAGAAGAGGAAGCUGAUACUGAAUCAUCUGUCUUUGUCAAAUAUAACAGAACGCUACAUGGAAAGAAAACUGAUAGAGGUCGCAAACGCGAUACACUUACAAUUAAGUUUCUUAAAAAGUAUAUCCAUUAUGCUAAGCAUAGGAUUCAACCUGACCUGACUGAUGAGGCAUCUGACCAGAUUGCCACAGCAUAUACUGAGCUCAGAAAUGCAAAUUCAAAUGCAAAGACCGGAGGAACACUUCCAAUAACUGCCAGAACUUUAGAAACCAUAAUACGUCUCUCAACUGCUCAUGCCAAAUUGAAGUUGAGCAGAAAGGUUCUCAGGUUGUAUGUUUGUUGGUGUUCGAGUUGUUGGUAAAAGCUCCGCUCUGAUUGUGACACGGGGAAGGGUUCAUAGAGUCUUUAUUUGUUGUUGUUUUAUUUAUUUAAAUUAAAGGUGUAUCUUUUAUAAAAGAAUCUUGUAUAAGUGAUGAUUACUAAUUAAUAUUACUAGUAGUGUUUUCAAUGAAGAAUGUAACACUUUGAACCAAUAUUUUUUUUUAAUUCAUUUUGACUCAGAGUCUUGAAAAUUAUUUUUUUUAUCCGCUGCGUAGUUUUGAAAAAACAUUCUUUUAUUAAGAUAAAUUGAAUAUUGGGUUAUGGUGGUUACACCAAUCACAUAACAUGUGCAGAGGCCAUACCAUAUUAACCUCAAUCUUUUUUGUUACAUUUGGAUGUUUUGAUCAGUACUAGUGAUUAGUGAGAGUAGUUGUUAGAAGACUGGAAGAUUUAUUUUAAUUGUACAUGCGUGUAUGAAUAAGUUUCCUGCAUUAGUUUACAUCAUUAUGUUUCCUGCAUAAGUUUCCUGCAUUUAUUUUAGAAGACUGCAUUAGUUUCCUGCAUUCUGUUUGUCUGGAUUAUUGUAUUUUUUUAGAUCAUGUAGUAUGAAUAAGUUGAUCAUGUAUAUGUAUUGUAGGUGUUCGAUGAUCCCACGUCAUUAACCGAGGAGGAGCUGUAUGAAUUGCGAAACAGCUGGGCAACUUGUUUUCUUGACCUAUACAAUCCCGAGGUAGAUUAUGAUGUUGCCGAUGAUGAGGCUUAGGAGCUAGCUAGGUUAAUUUGUGUGAUGUUACAAUGGAUUCACAUUAAUUAUGAUGUUUUGAAUUGUAAUGACUUGUAUUUUGCUUAAAUGUUAUAACAUUUUGGAUGAA